AUGCAAAAUGAUGAUAUUGUUUUAUCAGAUGUUCAUUUAGAUGAAAAUUUGUCAAGAAUCCAAGAAAAUAGCAAUGAUGAUCAAUGUGAAAGUGAAAAUUACGUUACAAGGUUCAAAUUUAAAAGUAGUGAUAGAAGAUGUUCAGUUACGAAUAAUGAUUCAGUUACGAAUAAUGAUUCAGUUACAGUUGAUGGUGAUGGAGAUUUGGUUUUACCACGACAAGAUGAAGAUUUUAAUGUCAUUUUAAUAAAACAUAGCUUAUCAACAAAGUUGGAUGAUGUUGGUAGACAAGUGUGGCCUGCCAGUUUAAUGCUCUCUGAUUUUAUAUUAAGUAACAAAGAUAUAUUUAAGUGCAAAGUUGUUAUUGAAUUGGGAGCAGGUGUAGGCCUCUGCAGCAUUGUUGUUGGAAUGUUUUGCGAGAAAAUCAUUUGUACAGACUGCUUGGAUUCUGCUUUAGAUUUAUCUCAAGCAAAUUUUAUCCUGAAUACUGGCUUAUUGGCAAAGGCCGAAAACAAUCAUGCUGUAUUAAAAUUAGAUUGGAAUAAAAAUCUAAAUGAUUUGGUAAUAUUCAGUCAGGACAUAACAGAUGCCUUUUUUGAAACAAUCAUACAUAUUAUAAAUAUCAACAAAAAAGAUCAAGUUGACGUUUUCAUUAGCUUGGAAAAAAGUGCACCAAAAAAUGUUUAUGUAAAUGUUCCUGUUAAUAGAUUAAACUUCACAAUUGAAGAUAAAGAUAUUGCCUGUCCUGCAUAUGACCAUUUAACUAUAUGGAUACAAGAACUUUGCACACUCAACUGCAAAUAUGCGCCUAGUCACAUAUUCUCCUGUCGUAAAAUUGACAACAUUUAUCAACACUUUUGUUACAAUCGUUCUGAUUAUUUGGAACUCUGGAUACUUGAAGCAAGAAGAAUUACAUCAUAA